UAGAACUUCAACCUCUUACUUCUAUUCUGUGCUUGCAUUGACCGUUAAACCUGUUAACGCAGAAUAUUUGGAAAGAUGCCGGCUUAUCAUUCACAAUUUAACGAUGGCGACUUUCAAUCCAUUGGCAACAUGUUCCUGCUCCCCAUAAAAACGAAAUUCAGAGGCAACGCGCCUAUGGCCGAUCCAAACAGCGAAGAUAUCGUAGAUGAAGCUCUGAGCCUUUUCCGAGCCAACUGUUUAUUCCGCAACUUUGAAAUCAAAGGCAACGCCGAUCGUGUGUUAAUCUAUUGCAUCCUCUUUAUUUCCGAAUGUUUGGGCAAGUUGAACAAAGCAACACCUCAAGGUGAAGCAAUGAAGCAGUUGAGCACACUGGCUGUCUCCAAUUUCGCUAUUCCCGGAGAUCCCAACUUUCCCUUGAAUGCCAUGUACACUCCUCCUCCCGACCGAUCUCAAGCUGAUCAAUUAAGACAAUACGUGCAACAACUUCGUCAGGAAAUCGCAUCUCGAUUAGUGGAACAGACCUUUGUGGAUGGAAAGCCUAGCAAAUGGUGGAUGUGCUUUUCCAAGAGAAAGUUUAUGAACCUUAGCCUGUAAUUAGAUGUGUCCAACUAUUAAAAAAGCAAACGAACGAGUCGAUCUUUAAAAUCGAUGAAGAAAGGAUCAUAAAAUGUAUUGCUUAAAAAGCACUCGUUACUGGCGUUAAACAUGGUUCAUUACCGACCCCGCCUGAAUGCUUAAAAGACGCUCACUGUUGUUGUAUCCCGACACGUGGGAUGUUCUUGGUUGCCAUACAGUCCCUGUUCCGCACCGUAUUGCACGAUUGGCAUGCAAGUGAAGUGUGGAGUUUGGCUCCUCUGUUGCUGGC